AUGUCGCCAGCUUCCGUCGUCAUGGAAUACGCCUCGAUGCGCGAAAUAAAACUCAUUAACACGGAACGGCGAGUCCGCGAUGAAGCUUUGUCUCGCGAGGCCGAAUCUAGCGACGAUGGAGCGAAUGACAUGGUUCACCUUGAUGCGCGGGUAGCUGUACCGCCACACUACGCUAAAAGGCUGCCUAAAUCGCGGUACAGAUACAAGGGCGCGGCGACGACUGCGCAGCACCUUGCCUGGGCUAUUCGCCCCCAACGUCCCACAUCAUUAGCCACAGUUCGCUCACAUGCCACUUUCCCCGGAUCAUCCUUUUUGUUUCUCGCUCUUCUUCACCCGAGACGACAGCAGGCCUUCGGAGCCGAAGCCCCCCGUACAUCCCAGCUUACAUCAUCGGCGGCGCACUGCACGAUGACCUCAGACUCAGAUCCCCCGCCGGCCACCAACGCUCCACCACCGACGCGAUCUCGUUCGCCCUCGGGGAGCUUCUAUGCCCUGAGCGACGAUGAGGAAGGGGACUACAACACAAUCACGCAUACAGAAACAGGACGGGGCGUCAAGCUUCUAUUCUCUAAGAGCAAGGUCUAUGUUCACCCCACGCCAUCUGCGAAAGAUAAUAUCCCAGGCUACAUAGCCUUACUCCAGCAGAAAGGAGGCUCAAGCGAACGACCGGCCUCCUCCUCGUCUCGAGACUCUCGCCAUCCACCUCCAUCCAACCUGCUCCUAGCAUGGCUCCCCGAAACAUCUCUCGGCGAAUCCGAGAGUAUUUACGUCAAGGUCGACCUCAGUGAAGGUGAUUCGCCGCCUAAGCAGUCGUACCUGGUACCCCCUCCGCCGACGGUCACAUCCCACAGAGGCUCUGUAGGCACAUAUGCUUUCGCCAUUCCAGUCAGCGCAAUAUACUCGCUUCUCGUGAGACCACCAAGUCUGGGCUGGUGGUUCGGCUCUCUAAUCAUCAACUCGAGGGCUGGUGAUAGUUUUCCCGCGCUAUUUUUCCACGACAGCGAAUGUCAGAGCACCAUCCUUAAGAGAAAGAGGCGGACGAGGGAUAGCUUCGACCCAUUCGGUGACCGGGGUGAGAUGUUCUGGGGCGGCGAUGAGGUCCUGCGAUGGUUACGGCGCUACGUUCCGAUCGAGAGAUCCGGCGCCGAGCCCAACAUUUACUUGGUGGAGCCCUCGAAGGAGGACAGCGAGGCUUUCAGUGGCAAGCUCACGUCCAGUACGGCUCAGGCCGGCCAAAAUGAUGCUUCGGGGACUCGAGCCGGCGGCGCUGGCUCCAGUAGUGACGCGCAGAUGGACCCCUUUGUAAAAUUUGUCAAAGAAACUGGAUGGAACAUCAUGGAGAAGUUCAGCAAGGUCACCACUUUCACCAGACGGGCUGCUCAAGACGUCAUACAGAACCCGAAUGUUCCCCCACAAGUCAAGAGGCUUCUUCGCAACCCAGAGGUUCAGACUCUUCAAGAUGAGUUUGACAGCGCGAGGAUAUACCUGGCGCGCUGGGCAAUGGGAAUUGCCGAACAAAGUGAGCGAGAUCGGAGCCAGAGGAUAUGGACUGCUAAGGAAGUCUUGGAGCUCGAGGAUACCGAUGUUGGAGAGUUUGAGCUGCUAGACGGCAGUAGCACCAUGUCGUUGGAGGAUAGAAGAAAGACGGUGACGCUGAAAGAAUGGAACACGUUCUUUGAUCCACGAACUGGAAGGCUUUCUGUCACUGUUGACGAAGUCAAAGAACGGGUGUUUCACGGAGGACUGGACCCUGACGAUGGCGUGAGGAAAGAGGCAUGGCUCUUCAUUCUCGGGGUUCACGACUGGUAUAGCACUGCCGAGGAGCGAAAAGCCCAUCUCGCGUCCCUACGAGACGAAUAUGUUAAGUUGAAGGGCGCAUGGUGGGAGAGACUAGUAGACUUGGGAGGCGAGGGCGAACAGGGCGAGUGGUGGCGUGAGCAACGCGGUCGAAUCGAAAAGGAUGUCCACCGGACAGAUCGUAAUGUGCCCAUCUUCGCCGGAGAAGACAUUCCGCACCCCGAUCCCGACUCCCCCUUUUCCGAGGUCGGCACCAAUGUCCAUCUUGAGCAGAUGAAGGACAUGCUCCUGACGUACAACGAGUACAAUAAGGAUCUCGGCUACGUGCAGGGCAUGUCUGAUCUUCUCGCUCCUAUCUACGCUGUGAUGCAGGACGAUGCCAUCGCCUUUUGGGGCUUCCAGCACUUCAUGGACCGCAUGGAGCGCAAUUUCCUACGAGAUCAGUCUGGCAUGCGGUCUCAGCUACUGACUCUUGAUCAUCUCGUUCAGUUCAUGGACCCCAAGCUUUACGCUCACCUGCAGUCUGCUGAUAGCACAAACUUUUUCUUCUUCUUCCGCAUGUUGCUCGUCUGGUAUAAACGGGAGUUCGAGUGGAUGGACGUAUUGCGUCUUUGGGAGACUCUGUGGACGGACUAUUUGAGCAGCAGCUUCCACCUAUUUGUGGCCUUGGCCAUUUUGGAGAAGCACCGCGACGUCAUCAUGACCCACCUGCAGCAUUUUGAUGAGGUGCUUAAAUACGUCAACGAGCUUUCCAACACAAUGGAUCUUGACUCAACUCUAAUUCGCGCGGAGGCGCUAUUCCGUCGGUUCCACCGCCUGGUUGAGGCCGUCGAUAAGAAGGGCAAUUUCCCGGGACCGAGAAUCCGCGACCCGGGGUCUCCUUCAAAGUCGGCAUCUACCGACAAAACUCCACAGGAGAGCCAAAGCAGUGCAGGUCCAGCAUCGCCACGCAAGGACAAGAGCAAGGCAACUGAAGAGCCCGAGGUCAAGAAGAUUAUCACUCCCGAGUUAAGAGAGCUACUUAGCCGGAAGGUCUCACACGAGGACACGACGGAAAAAUCAUGGGUUGGAAACGGGGCAGUUCUAGAUUUCCCGGAAGAAAAAAAAGGUGUCAGAGGCCCCACGUGUGACGCUGAUGAGGGUUCCGGAAGCCCGGAUUCAACGAUAGUUGAGGAUGCCUUCUCCGGCUCAGCCCCUCCGAAGGGGUUCAGGGGCAGCGCAGCCGCAGCGCAGCCUACACCCCGAGACACUCCGUCUUGGCCUUCACGUCAUGCAUUGGGUGAAAGAGUCCCGCUAGUGGUGGUCAUCCGGGCAGGGGAGACGGCCAAGGAAAAGAAUGAUUCUGGAAUCGCUUGGAAGGGGGAGGGUCACUUGUUUGUUGGCGGCGUCACGUUCGGAACUCAGCCGUCGGCACUCAGCUCCCCUCGGACAUUUCAGCCCUCAGCUUGCGACUACAACUACAACUACACCUCCUCACGCCCCCUCCUUACGGUAUUCCCUCGCCAACGUUCUCAAACGACACGAAGUCACGGAGGUCACGGCGGUGGCGGUCCGGCUGUCGCCGAGGUAGUCAAGGAUCGCGCCUCCGUCGUCGUCAACGAGGUCUCCCGCGGACCCGUCAACAACGAGAUCAUUGUCGCGAACAGAGAACGAGACGUGGCUGUCGUGCCGGCGGGCGCGCAGGUCAUCAACGAGGUCACCACCACCGAGGUGUUCCCCGGUCGUCCGGGGUACGGGUACGGAUACGAGCCUGGACCGGCGGGUAAUCAACUCUGCACGCAAUGUCGGCGCUACUGGCACAACUCCUUCACAGAGACAGUCUGCUACCGCUGCCGCUCGUCCUACGGCUACCGAGACCGCUUCGACGACAGGCUCAGCUACCGAUCGGGGUACAGCGGCUCGAGCUACGGCGGCUACGGGUCGGAGCGGUGCGCCUACUGUGAGCGGUUGCGGUUCGAAGGGCCAGGGUACCGCCACGACGGCGUGAGCAUCUGCCGGGACCGGUACGGCCGGCCUGCGCUAUGUAGACCGAGGAGGGUCCUGGUUGAGAAGACUGUGAAGAAGUAUUACUACUAA